CGCUUUUGUUAUGAAUGUCAAAGUCACACCUUAAACAAACUUGCAGGCUUCCACAUCCAAUGCAAACAGGUCAAGCUAUAACUCCAAGUCACCAGUUGAUGAAAAUUUUAGAAAGGCAGCUUCUAGUUUGAGCACUCUUUCCGAAAACCCAGGCAUCUCUUUGCGAGAACUUGCUAGACGGCAACAGCGCAUUCCAAUGCAAAACCAGGCUCACACAAAGACAGCUACAUCUAUACAAGAUUUCCAAUUCAUCAAGGUGCUUGGUAAAGGCUGUAUGGGCAAGGUUAGUUUUUGGUGUUAUGUGAUUCUCGUUCGAGAAAGAAGAAACGGGAAGCUUCUUGCAUUGAAAGCCAUUAGCAAGGAAUGGACCGUUAUGCAGAGGGAAAUUGAGCAUACAAAAUCAGAAAGAGAUAUCCUGGCUACUAUUGCAGAAAUCUCUCAUCCGUUUUUAAUCAAGUUACAUCAUUCAUUUCAAGACGUGGAUCAACUCUUCCUGGUAUUGGACUUUUAUGUUGGUGGCGACAUAGCGACACAAUUAGCAAAGCACUACCACUUUGACGCUGAACGAAGUCGUUUGUACAUUGCUGAAAUCUUACUCGGUCUCCAAGAACUCCAUCGACUUGGCGUUUUGUACAGAGAUCUCAAACCGGAGAACAUCCUCAUUGCUGCGGAUGGCCACAUCGUUCUGACAGAUUUUGGUCUAUCGAAGCAAUUUCCCACAUCUAUCCUAGGCGAUGAACAAAGGACCAAUACUUUUUGUGGAACAGCUGAAUACCUUGCUCCUGAGAUCUUGCGUGGUGAACCGUAUUCAUUUGAAGUUGACUUUUGGAGUAUGGGAACCCUACUAUAUGAAUUUUUAACUGGCAUUACGCCGUUUUGGGCAGAAACCCAUACGGAAAUGUAUCGCCGGGUAUUGGAAGAUACUCUCGUUUUUCCCGAAGACUUUGACCCCGUUACCGCUGAUUUCAUUGAUGGCCUUUUGCAAAGAGACCCGGCUCUGCGACUGGGAGCAGGACCAAACGGACCAAUGGAAAUAUGCUCUCAUGCCUAUUUUGAUGACCUUGACUGGGAUGAUGUGUACAAUAAGCGCAUUAUACCACCAUAUAUUCCUAAUCUCAAGUCGGAUAUGGACUUUUCAAACUUUGAUGAUACUUUCUUACAAAUGGUUCCCCGCAUUAGUAACCCUCCUGGGAAGAUCGUCUUGACAUCUGACAUCCAAGAUAUAUUCGAAGGAUACUCAUAUACUGAAUCAGUUCUGGAGUCUGAUAGAUUAACCAUCACUUCCGAUAGUGAAGAGCUUAACAGCGGAGAGUACAAUAGAUACGAACGACGGUCAAUCGAGGAACCUGCAGACAACUAUCAAUUCGAUGCAGUUGAUACCGAUAGUGCUAUUUCUGGCAAGCAUACCUCGCAUGGUGUCUGGAGCAACGAAAUGGCCGAUCAUACAAUGCCGACCAUAGACUCCAGUGACGACGAACUGCAGCACUAUGACUCGGAGUCCCAUGCACCUGCAAAGAAGCGGGCAAACGAAUCAUCUUCAAAUGAAUUGCGUUCCAUGGGCACUCAGCAGACAAGAGUUUAUCCAGACGAUGGCAGCAAUAGCAGUAUUGGUGGAUAUUCGGAUCAGGAGCGAAAACGUUCUACAAAGAGGCGCAAUACUGUUGACGUAGAGCCCACCCCAACUGAAGCGGUUGAGACGCAAGGAUUUUCAGUUCCAACUUUGGCCAGUACGCAAGGGACGAGUGUGUUCUCGUCGGUUCACAAGAUAGACAAAACUGAGAAUCACAGCUGCGCUAUUGAUCGUCAGACACCCCACGUCGACACAACGACAACAUACCCUGGGCCAAUUGCUGAAUCGAGUGACGACGAAAGCAUGGAGGACUCACCACAGAGUGCCAGAAGCGAGCCUUCCAACUUAGAAACAAUGGCUGCCAUUGUACCUGACUUCGACAGCGAAAAGAAUCUAGAUCUGGAACUUCCAAUCUACAAAGUCAUCGAUAUACAUGCGAAAUCCAACCCUCAUAAUACCCCUGCUUCAACGCCACCAAGUUCCAACAUUCGCUUUUCAUCUAUCUCAGCUACUUUCCCUGUAUUCAGAAGGAAAAGCAAAAAACUGCCUGGAUACCAAUGAGUUCAUCAGAUCAGAUAAACUUCAAAACUAUCUUUCAUUUCAGUCGUACUUUCAUUUUGUGCUUGCACAAAAUGCGACUUGUAUAUUUCUAUGUCCAAAUUCGAUAAGCAUAUAUGUUCUCCGUUACCUUUCAACCUCAUGCAUAAGGUGAUUUCUUGAUUUUGUUGUUUAAUACCUUCAUUACUGUACUCUGCUACGUCUUUUUCCCAUCUUC